AUGAUCCACCCUCUCAGCCGCAGCAAAUCUUCCGAGCCACAGGAAUGCCCAACCAAUGCCCCAGACAGGAAAACAAAAAAACGUCCGCGCGAGGUGAGCCUAGGCGGGGAAAGACGGCCGCUGACUGCAGCAGCCCAAUACUUCCCUGCGCUGCGAACAGGGCGGUUGGAGCCGGGGUCGUUGCAGCCGCACGGACAGGCGUGGGCGUGA